AUGAGUGAGAGAGAUCUUGUCGUACACUAUAAGGUGUUGAAACAAUUUCUUGAUAUAUCCUAUGACCAGCAAUCAAGGUCUAAGUCGACCUCGUCUAGGGCCCAGAGAGCAAGAGAGAAAUUGUUGAAAUUGUCGUCGGCCCAGUUUAGGGAACUAAGUACCGAUGUUUACGAUGAACUAAAGAGAAGAAUCGAUGAAAGUCGAAGCGAACCAGACUACUUAUUACCAAAAUCUUCUUUCCACCCAAAGAGAAAUCAAGCAAGGCAGAAAUUAGCAUCGUUGCCACAAACGCGUUUUAAGGACUUGGUUGCUGAUAUUUCCUUUGAAAUCGAAAGAAGAGAACUACAUAUUGACACCGCUGCCGCUAGCACUAACAGCAGCAGCAGCACCCACCACCCCCAUACCCAUUCCCAUACUCACAAUCACAAUCACAACACUCAGAGCCUGAGUCUCAGUCUGAGUCUCAGUCAGAGUCACAGUCACAGUCACAGUCACAGUCAGCACCCUUCAAUUUCAUCAAGCCAUCUCAACAAUUUCCACGAAAGAAAAGCAUCUUUGGCAUCUUCUCAUCACACUUUAUUGGCGGAUUCAAAUGGCCAUCAUAGUCGUCUGGCCUCUCAUCAUUUGAACAAUUUUCCUACCCAACAUGAAAGUAACGGUACAGAACUGAGAGACGUAAAGGAAAAUACAACUUCAAGUAAAAAUGUCACGUCUCCUAAUCCAGAAGUAUCUAACCAAUCAAUUGGUAUACAAACGUCAAAAGUCGUGCCGGCAAAAGCUAACCUUGCAUGGUCUAGUGAUGAAGAAGAAGAAGAAAAAGAAGAAAAACGGGAUAACGAAGAGGCAAAGACACACCAUCAACAACAACAACACCAACACCAACAACACCAUCAACACCAUCAACAUCAACAACAACAACAACAACAUCAUCAUCAUCAUCAUCAUCAGUCUAUUGAAACUCUUGAGGUGUUAAAUGGAAAUGGAAAUGUGCACCAGGAAAAUGUCAACAAUGAACAACUUUUACUAUUGCAAAAGCAAGUAGCCCAGUACAGCGAACAGAUAAGUAAUUUGACUCAGGAAAAAACAGCCCUUGAUGAAAAACUUGGCUCCUUACAGGAAGAUUACAAUUUUUCCAUCAAACAAAACAAGACCCUAAGCGAAGAAUUGGAAAUAUUGGGGCAAGAAAAAGAAGAGUGGAUCUCGAAACAUGAAAUGUUAACCAAAUUGGCAGAAACCAACGAAAAGUUGUCGAGUGAGUUGGAAAAGAUCAAAUCUAUGAAUGCUGCAUUGAGGCUUGAAAACCAAUCUUUGAAAAGUGCAUCUCCUGUCAACCGCUCCAUCAAUAACGCUGAUGUAUCUCCAAGUCAGAAAACGUCUUCUAGUACCGUUAGUGUUGACCAGUUUUUGAGUAAGCUAGAGAAUAUUCAGCCCACUCCAACAAUCAAUGCCACAACUGCAGAAUUAAGAAAUCAGGUCAAACUUUGGCAAAGGAGGUACGAAGAUGCUAGAUCAAAGUCGAUUGCCAAUGACAUUAAAAAGUCAACCCUUUCAAAAAUAGAAUUAAAACCGUUUAUAUCCCCUCAAGGUUUGAUAUCAAUAAAAUUGGUAAGUGAUGUACAGGCUUUGCUAGAGUCCCUCCUUAUCUACAUUUCCCAAGAUAAUUGGGAUGCUAAUAUCAUGUUUGGAAAGAUUUCCAAAAUUGCAACAGCUAUAAAUGAAAUAGCAUCUCAAGGAGAUGGCGAUCAUCCAAAUAGUAAUGAAAAUUCCAUAUUGCUUAGAGAGUCGGCAGCUUAUGCUUUGACAACAACGAGAUACCACGCUACUUAUAAACUUUUAUUCCCACGCUUUAUUGUUGAAAAAUCGUUGGGAGACUUGCUUUGUAUUCUUUGUGAAUUGAUUUCAGUAUCAAAGUUGAAUGAAAACUCGACUAAUUUGAGAAAACUUGAGGUUGAAAAGAAAGUAGUGAAAAAGUCCGUUAAUGAAAAUUUUGGAGCAAGGCCAUUGAGAAUGGCAAAUAAGCUAAAAGAUGCUCAGAACCGGUCCGAAGCUCAAAUGAAAAGCAUGAUGAGCCAGUAUAAUAAUAAUAAUAAUAAUAAUAAUAAUAAUAAUAAAGAUAACAAUGGUAACAGCAACAGCAACAACAGCAACAGCAACAACAGCAACCACGACAACAGCAACCACAACAACAACAAUUACAACAAUAACCACAACAACAACAACAGCAACCACAACAAUCACAACAAUCACAACAACUCAUCAGUUGUAAAACAAAGUUCUCUCAAAGUAGUCACUACAGGCAAAUCUCCAGAACUGAGUCCCUUUGUUGACAGGUUGAAUGAUACCAAAGAUAAAGAUAAUAAAAAUUCUGUUUCUACUGGUACUGGCACUGCGUCCAAGUACAUGAUUCCAAAUGCUUUUGCAGCUAUGAGAAGUUCGAAAACGAAGGAGUCACAAUCGGAGUCUUCCUUUGUAACUACGAAAUCUCCCGUUCCUAAAACGUCACUCAAGCUGUCUUCGUACUUUGAAAAGGAGCAAAAAGAUGCUCCGUUGAACGAGAUUUCAACAAAUGGUCCUACCCCACAUAGGGAUCGAACAACAUCAACAACAGCAACACAAAACUCGUUCGCUACUGCUGGUCAUAAGGAAGCAGAAGAGAAGGAGAAAGAGAAAGAAAAAGAAAAAGAGGACAAGAUGAAAAAUGAAUCACAGGUGCAAAUCUCAACCCAGCUGGGUAUUUCUACAACUCAAAAAGAGGUUACCCCAAGAGUAGCCAUAUCUCCAGACUCGUCAAAGGAUCAUAGCUACACCUCUCAUGUCUCAGCAAUGGGCAAAAAAUUUGAAGAGCCACAUAACCUCAGUGAUGAAGGUUCACUGCCCCCAAUCAAGCCAAUACAUAUUAAAAAGGGAAAUAUUCUAGAUCGUGUUGAGCAAUUUGAAAACUCUCCUGACCAUCAUCUGCAAUAUCCAUCUUCGUCUUCUCCAAAAGCACUACAGUCCCCUUUUGACUCUCUAUAUAGUUUUGAGGAAGCGAAGCAAGUUACCGAUCCAUUCACUGUGAACUCCAAUAGCAACAGUGGAAACAUUUUUACAUCAAAUAAUUCAACCAAUGAUGAUGCUUACACAAAUGAGAACGUUCCGGCUUCUAUUAGCAAAGGAAAGGGAAUAUUACAAUCUCUUAAAGACAGAAUUGCAGCAGAAUCAGGAAAACUGGAGCCACAGGAUCAACCUUUAUUACAGAAAGAAUCAAUUCUGGAUAGACCGGUAGUUCAGUCAAAUUCAAGUGAUACAAUUACAGCAAAAACAGUGCCAAAGGAGUAUUCAGAACCGGAAAACCGAAACGUUUCUCGCACCACUCUUGGUAGGCUGGCAAAUCUGCACGUGGUGAGAGAAUCUACGAGUGAAUCACCAGAAGAAGAAGAAGAAGAAGAAGAAGAAGAAAAAGUAAAAGUAAAAGGUUUGCUGAAGAGUAGCAGGGGUGGUGAAGAAGAAGAAGAAGAAGAAGAAGAAGAAGAAGAAUAUGAUGAUAAUGAUGAGGAUGAAGAAGAUGAAGAGGAAAUUAAAGCAAGGGAGAGGCAAGAAUACCGCAAGUCGGUGGCAGCACAAACUUUCAAUGUGGAUUUGUUUGAUAUCGACGAUCCUGAUAACACAUUAACUCAAGUUUUGCUUUAUUUAGAGCAUCAAACUGUUGAAGUCAUUAACACUAUACAAUCACUACUCGGUGCGAUCAAGAAACCAAACGCUACACGUGGUGAUUUGAGAGAAAAAUCUAAAGCUAUAACCGAAGUGAUUUCACAAAUGACAGAGGCGACAAACACCUCAAUGAAUCAAACACGUAAUGCUCAAUUGAAAGAACACGGAAGUUGGGUUGUGAAAUCUUUAGAAGAUUGCUAUCAUAGAAUGAAUAUCUUGUGUAGGCUGGGAGAUAGGUUUGAUGAUGAAUUUGCUGAUAAAAAUUUCAAACAAAGAUUAGCAGGUAUAUCAUUCGACAUUGCAAAGUGCACCAAAGAAUUGGUGAAAACUGUUGAAGAAGCUAGUCUUAAAGAAGAUAUUGCUUAUCUCGAUGCUAGGCUUAGUCAAAAUGAAGAUUUGACAUAA